UUUGCAUGCAUGACAACGUCCAACGUUAUACAUGAAGGACCUGGCAGGCUGGCCCCCUACAAAUCACUCGAUUCGAUCCGCUACUCCUCAUCGUCCGUCGUUCCAUCGACACAUAUCCACAUCAAAAACCACCUGGAUUUCUUCAGUUCUCGCUUUCGCCGGUGCUUCAACCCUCAAUCCUAAAAAUGUUCACUUUGAUGCUCAGAGCGUACACCAUCACUGCGGUUAUUUUUCUUGUUUUCUCUGUCCAACCUUCCGCAGCCGAGGAUUGCAAUGAGCAGAAUGGGUGUGUGCAACAUUGCGGGACGACCAUGCAGCCAUAUUCCGAUGAUCAGACGGUCUGCCAGAACUACGAGGGGACGUAUUUUAAAUGCCCUACCGACAAAUGCACCUCGGGGGAUCCUCCGACUGACCCGAACCACCGUCCUUUUUCUGAAAUGACUUGGGAACGUUGCAGCCGCCUAGGCAACCAGAAUGUUAACGCUGCUAAAGGAGUCAAAGUUAUUAAAACAGUGUCCUUUCAGGCUUUCAAUGAAGCUGGAGUAAUUUCGAUCAUCGGAAGUGAACAAGACAAUCCAAAACAGCAGGCAUACGAAUGUCGCUGGGACAAUACCUCCAAACACAACAGUCGCAGACCUUACUGUUCCCAUUGUAAAACCAUGUUUUAGUGCCGUGAAGGUUGCAGUCAUGUUUCCCGAUGGAGGUGCUCCCAAAAAGAUCUCUCAAUAUGUCUUAUCCCUUGUACGCUAAUCAUUAGAGGAGCACAUCAGGAAAGCAUGGUUGCAACUAUUAGCAUGAUUAUCAUGGCUGACCUGCAAAAAUGAAAGGCACUUGUUCUAUUUUCCCUUUUCUGUAUCCCUCAAGAUUAAAGAACCAUUUGAUAACACAAGCUUAUUGGAC